AUGGUAGAUGCAACCUCUGGAGGAUCAUUGCAUAGUAAAACCUCAGAGGAAGCUCUCCAAUUGAUUGAGACCAUGGCUGCAAAUAAUUUUAUGUCCUCAAAUGAGAGGUCAAUAGGGAGAAAGGGUAUUAUGGAGUUAGAGACACUAGAUGCCAUACUUGCUCAAAACAAACUUAUGUCUAAACAAUUGACUAAUCUCAACAAACAGUUUGGGCAAUUGCAGGUUGGAGCUAUAGGUUCUCAACUUUUAGUAUGUGACUUUUGUGGUGGUAAACAUGAAAAUGGAGAAUGUGAAGCUGGUACAUCAACUCAGUUAUUUGUUGAGCAGGUAAAUUACACGGGAAAUCCUCCAAGGCAACAAAAUAACCCCUUUUCUAACACAUAUAAUCCAGGGUGGAGGAGUAAUCCUAAUUUUUCCUGGAGUAAUCAAAGGGCUCAGAAGAAUUUUAAUGCUCCAUUUCAAGCUCUAGUAGCCCAGCCACCUACUCAACCAAAACCAUCUGCAUUGGAAGUUGCUUUAGAAAAGUUAUCUCAAUCAACAACAAGUUUUGUGCAGCAGACCUCUAGUUUCAUGCAAGAAAUAAGAGCUAAUUUUAAAAAUCAAGAAGCUUCAAUUAGAAAUUUGGAGAGUCAAGUUGGGCAAAUUGCAAAACAGUUGGCAGAAAAACCACCAGGAACAUUUCCCAGCAAUACUGAGCCAAAUCCUAAGAAGCAUUGUAAGGCAAUCACUUUGAGAAGUGGCAAGACAUUGGAAGUACAGCCUAGAGAGAGCAAGGAGGAGGAAAUUAAGAGUCCUCAAAUGGAGGAUAAAGUUGACGUUGAAGAUCUUUCAUUUGAGAUUUCAAAUAAAUUUCAAGAGCAGGGGAAGCAACAAUUUAGUGAGUCUUCCAAAGGAAAGAAGAAAGUUGUAGAUUGGGACAAAACUGUUGAAUUGUCCCCAUAUGCUAAAGUUCCUUUUCCACAGAGACUUCAGCAGCAGAAUCAAGACAAACAAUUUUCUAAGUUUUUGGAAGUGUUUAAAAAAUUACAGAUUAACAUUCCAUUUGCUGAAGCCUUGGAGCAAAUGUCAUUGUAUGCCAAGUUUAUUAAAGGUUUGCUUUCAAGGAAGAGGAAAUUGAAGGAAGAUGAAACUGUGAUGCUUACUGAAGAGUGUAGUGCUAUCAUUCAAAGGAAAUUACCUCAAAAGCUGAAAGACCCAGGUAACUUCCACAUUCCUUGCACUAUUGGUAGUUUGACCAUUGGUAGAGCAUUGUGUGACCUUGGGGCUAGCAUCAAUUUGAUGCCAUUAUCCAUCAUACAUAAACUAAAAAUUAAGGAAGUGAAGUCUACCAUGAUUUCAUUAUAA